UCCCCGUGGCCCCGCCCCUUUAGCCUCGCUCCUGGCCCGUGACGUCAUCACGGCGCGCCUCGCGCCAGCGUCGCGUGGGGCUGCAGGCCCCCGCGCGCCGCUCGAGCCCCCCCGGCUGCCAUGGGCCGCGCGCGGCGCCGGAGGGCGGGGCUGGAGGCGGAGCUACAGCAGCUGGAUUUGGGGCCCGAGGGCGCCGCCCCCACCGGGACGGGCCUGGUCAGCGAUGGAGGGCACGGGGACGGCGGCCCCCGCGGGGGUCCGGCCCUGCAGGAGCUGCUCCAGCGCUGCGUCCCCGUCAAGUGUCGCCCGGCCAGUGACGAGGAGCUGCUGCUGGUGCACAGCCCCUCGUUUGUGGCACAGCUGGAGCCCCCCGACAGCCCCGGCCCGGGAUUUCGGGGUCCCCGCGGGGCCGUGGGGGCGGCGCUGGCGCUGCUGGAGGAGGUUCUGGGGGGGGCCCUGCGCAACGGGGUGGCCCUGCUCAGGGUUCUGAUCGUGGACUGGAACUCCCGGCCCGGGCGGGACCUGCCCCAAAUCUUCCUGGAGGACCCCAGUGUGCUGUACUUUGGGGCUCAGCGGGGUCUGGAGCCGCCCCCCAGCGCCGGGCGGGGCCCCGGGCGGGGAUUCAGCGUGGAGCUGCGCUGGGAGCAGGCCGCUGUCACCGAUGGCGACCACGCGGCCGCCGCCUUCAACCUCCUGCUGCCCAUCGGCCUCCAGUUCCAGCCCCAGCUCGUCCUGGUCGAGGCCUCGCUGGAGGAUUUGGGGGGCUGCCCCUCCCCCCCCGCGCUCUCUCUCCUCACCCAUCUCCUCUCCGCUCUGGCCCGGGGGCGGCUCCUGAUGCUGCUGCAGGGGGGCCCGGAUUUGGGGGCGUCCUCGGGGGGCUUGGGGGCCGUGCUGAGGACCCUGCUGGGGGACCCCGGGGACCCCCCCGGGCCCCUCACCCCCACCCCCAGCGGCCUGGCCAGCAUUGCCCGCACCCUGAGCGUCCACCAGCGCUUCUGGGGCUGCCUGCAGAGCUUCGAGACAGAGGAGGAAGAUGAGGAAGAGGAGGAAGAGGAGGAUGAAGAAGAGGCAGAAGAGGCGGAAGCGGAGGAGGAGGACGAGGAGGAUGAGGAAGAGGAGGAGGAAGAGGAGGUUGGGGGGAGCCCCCCGGAGCCCCCCGGCACAGCGCGGGUGGGGCUGGUGUACGACCCCCGCAUGGAGGAGCACCGCAACACCUGGGACAGCCAGCACCCCGAGGCCCCGCAGCGCCUGCCCCGCGUGCUGCAGCGGCUGCAGGAGUUGGGGCUCGCCCAGCGCUGCCGCCCCGUGCCCGCCCGCCCCGCCAGCCUGCGCCAGCUGCGGGCCUGCCACACGCGGUCCCACGUGCGGGCGCUGUCCCGGUGCCCGCUGCUGUCCCCUCGGGCUCUCCGGGUGCUGUCGCGGCGCUUCCCGAGCGUGUUCCUGUGCCCGCGGUCCUUCGGCUGUGCCCGCCUGGCAGCGGGGGGAGCGUGCGCGGCCGUGGGGGCCGUGCUGCGGGGACAGGUGCGCUCGGCCCUGGCCGUGCUGCGGCCCCCGGGGCACCACGCCCGGCGCGGCUCCGCCGGCGGAUUCUGCCUCUUCAACAACGCGGCCGUGGCGGCGCGGCACGGACAGAGCCUGGCGGGGAGCGCGCUCCGGGUGCUGAUCCUGGACUGGGACAUUCACCACGGCAACGGCACCCAGGAGAUCUUCGAGGAGGACCCCAGUGUCCUGUACGUGUCCCUGCACCGUGGGGACGGCUCCUUUUUCCCGGGGGGUCCCGGGGGGUCCCCGCGGCGCCGGGGGAGGGGUCCCGGCCGCGGCUUCACCGUCAACGUGGCCUGGGGGGGACCCCGAGUGGGGGACCCCGAGUACCUGACGGCGCUGAGCCGGCUGCUGCUGCCCCUGGCCGCACAGUUCGGGCCGGAGCUGGUGCUGGUCUCCGCCGGGUUCGACGCGGGCCGGGGGGACCCCCUGGGGGGGUGUCUGGUGUCCCCCCAAACCUUCGGCCUCAUGACCCACCUGCUGGGGGGGCUGGCGGGGGGGCGCCUGGUGCUGCUGCUCGAGGGCGGCUACAACCUGUCGGUGACGGCCGAGGGGGUGGGGCAGUGCCUGGGGGUCCUGCUGGGGGACCCCCCCUCGCUGCCGCCCCCCGGGACCCCCCAACCCGCGGCGCUGCGGGCGCUGGGCCGGACCCUGCGGGCCCAGAGGGGCUGCUGGAGCUGCCUGCGCCUGCCCCCCGUUGAGCCCCCCAAGGAGGAGGAGGGCGGUGAUGACGUCACUGCCACCGCUGAUGACGUCACAACCGCCGCCGAUGACGUCACUGCCGCCGCCCGCCGCCUGGGGGCGCUGCAGCUCGGGGGCGGGGCCGGGGCCGGGGGCGGGGCCGAGGCAGAUCAGGGGGCGGAGCUUCCGACGGGCCCCGCCCCCCCGGCCGCGAGCGCCGCCUGCUGGGAGGAGGAGGAGCUGGAGGAGGGGGCGCUGUUCGCGGUCACGCCCCUCCAGGGCUGUCCCCACCUGGGGGCUGUGGCCCCUCCCCCACCCGGGGGGGCCCUGGGGGAGCUGCUGCCCCCCCCCUGCGGGGUCUGCGGCAGCCGCCGCGAGAACUGGCUCUGCCUCACCUGCCACCAGGUGCUGUGCGGGCGCUACUCCGGGGGGCACAUGUUGGCACACGGGGGGGCACAGGGACACCCCCUGGUGCUGAGCCUGCGGGACCUGACGGCGUGGUGCUACCGCUGCGGGGGCUACGUCACCCACCCGGUGCUGCUCCCCACCAAAACCUUCAUCUACCGCCUCAAAUUCGGCACGGACCCCCCCACCUCCUCCCUCUGAGCCCCUCCCCCACCCAGCACCCCCACCCCACCCCUCCCCCCUCUCUUAAAGGGCUACACACGUGCCAAACCCCCCCCCAAAUCAUCACCAGCACCCCGGGACCCCCAAACCCCCCCCGGGCCAAAGGCUGGGCCGGGCCCACGGGCGGGGGGAGGGGCAGGAGGGGGGGACUCCCCACCCCCCCCAGAACACGGGGGGGGUCCCCGGGCACGCGGGGGGGGACCCCGAUUUUGUAUCCCCCUCCCCCCUUUUGGAGCUUUUUAAACCCCCUUUGUUACGCCGAGACACCAAUAAAGACACGGGCGAGG